AAACGAUCAAUGUUUUGACGAGCACCAGAAGAAGAGCUGCUUCUGGAGGUUACUUGUUAAAUUACAGUAGAGGAAAGAAUAAAGUUUUUUACAGUUUGAUUAUCUCUUGGGAAAUAUUUUUCCACACUCGGGCGUGGAUUCGCAGCCUCUCUGACAUUGGACAUCUGUGUGCUUCAGCCUGAAAAAUGCGUGACCGAACUAAAGAGCUGGGAAAUCAUGCUGAGGCUUCAGAUGAUGAUGAGGAGGGCAGAGCUCUGAUGGUCAAGCCUGGAACCUCUUCGGCCAAAGAGGAGAAGGAGAGUGAAGCCUUCUUCAAAAAGGCACAAGAAAUCCACGAGGGACUGCAGAGUCUCAAGAGGAUGGUGUUGGACCUUGAGAACAAACAGAAAACAGUGCUCGGCGAGGCACUGCCGGUGGAGAGUAUGAAGAAAGAGCUGCAGACUCUUCGUGAAGAGAUCAAAACAUUGGCAAGCCAAAUCCAGAGAAAGCUGAAGAGUAUUGAAACAAAGAAGGGAGAGGAGGAUGGAAAAUAUAUUCCCAUAAACGUUCGGAUGCAACGCACACAGCAUGGCAUCUUGUCCAAAGAGUUUGUGGAGCUAAUGGGUUACUGUAACACCAUCCAGUCCCAGUACAGAGACCGCAAUGUGGAGAGAAUACAGAGGCAACUGAAAAUCACUGGGACCAACGUAUCAGACGAGGAGCUGGAUGCGAUGCUCGAAAGUGGUCAGACAGAUGUUUUCACUCAGAAUAUCUUGAGCGACGCUAAAGCCACAAAACAGGCUCUGAAUGAGAUUGAGUCGCGACACGACGAGAUCCUGAAGCUGGAGCGAAGCAUCAGAGACCUGCAUGACAUGUUCCAGUACCUCGCUAUGGAAGUGGAGGCUCAGGGAGAGAUGGUCAACCGGAUUGAAAACAACAUCACCCAGUCUUCUGACUAUGUGGAGAAAGCGAAGGACAACACAGAGAAAGCAGUCACUUACCAGCAGAAAGCACGCAAGAAAAAGGUUUGGAUCGCCAUCUGUUUGGCCAUCCUCAUCCUCAUCCUAGUCAUCUCAUUGGCCGCCUCCUUCAGCCCCUAACACCAGGAAGGUUGAUGUGAGCAGUAGAAUUUCAUUUGGCAGAAGCACAAUACUGGUUCAAAAAUCCCUCUUAUGUAAAUAUAUGAGCCCACAGGGCUGUACGGGGUAAUUUGGACUGGAAUUUCUGUCUC